AUGGCUCCUUUGUCUGUUGAAAGUGCCAUGACUAAGUUACUUCAUACAUCAAGGACGAUUCAACGCCGCAAUGGAGUGAGACCUCCGGAAGCAAAGCGAAUCAAGCAUGCUGCAUCCUUACUCCGGGAGGGCUCUCCUCCCCCGGAUGCUGUAGGAGCAGGGCGGCAAACAACUUAUCUUCAUUUCCUCCAAAAGUUGAGCGGCAACUCAAUGGUGGUUCUCUGUGCAGUUGGGCUUGGGCUGUCGGCGAUUGCGAUUGCGCGGGAGGACGUCCUUCUGGAUUUGCCGCAUGAGAUCAAUAGUACUAUUGCCGCUCUCGAUAACCCUGUGCUUCGCCGGCUGGCGAACGAGUAUAUGGGUGUCGCUGAACGAACGCCCCCGGUUCGUUCUACUUCCGAUUUGGAAAACAGUCCAGCAGCUGGUCCAUUAACUGCAUCACAUCACGGGCCGUCCCAGAAUAUUGACCAAGAUAAGGUAGAACGGACAAUAGAGCAGCGCUCAUCUUCAAAAACAAAUACGGGCGGGCCAAAGCAGGGAAUAGGCCUAAUUGGAGACGUGUACGAACUCUCAUUAAAAGAUGUACAGCAGAUCAUUGAAUCCCAUCAAAUUUCGGGAAGCAUACUGCUUACUGAUACAUACGGCGUCAACACGACGCCUUUCGUCACUAUCCCGAUCACAAAUGAAUUGACAGAUAGGUUAAUCUCAAAUCGACCCCGAGUGUCGUGGAACGAGCCUUGA